AGAGCGCAGCCUCGACAGUCGUCAGCUCAGGGAAGAUCAGAGCAAAGUCCUGAGAACUGAAUACUGCAGCGACCAUGAUGUCCGUCCACUCCGUCCUCUUCGCUCUGGUGCUGUUCUCCGAGCUGAGCAGCCGCUGCGUCACCACGGCCAUGCCUGCGAGCAAAGUGGACGAUGGGGCGACGGAGCAAGAAGGCCUGGCUUCGAUGCUGGGCGAAGACGAGCCCAUGACGGACCCAGCCCUGGGUUCUGCAGUGUACCGGCGGAACAUCGUGCUGGACGGCAACGCCAGGGAUGAAGACGGGAGCCCUAAAAUCAUCGUCAUCUCAGACAUGAGGCUGAAAGGGCACGGUGUCCGCGGGCUGAACCCAGGCUUCACCCGGAGCCUUCCUCUGCUCGCAGACCAAAGCCUGAGCCACACUCCCGCCCUGAGCAGCUUGAAAAUAGAGCGCAGAAACACAGACCUCGACAUGCUGCGUUGUAUGAUAGGAAGGGUGUACCGACCCUGCUGGGAAGUAUAAGCAUCUCCCCUGAGUCGCCACCGGACCACGAAUGUGCUGUAAAA